AGAUUCGUGCCAAGCCUUUGGUCACCGCGGAGUGUUACUUCCCUUGGAACCUCGUCGUGUUGUGCUUAGAAGCGUGGCUAAUAAGUUGGUCCACAAGUCAUUGCUAAAUUUUGGACCAACUCUGCGAGUUUUUUCCCGUAGUCGGGCGUGGCAACGCUGUGCAGCGUUUGCACAUUUCAGCGCUCAGGAAGAUCACGUGUUCACAAUCGACGGGGGAACGAGGUUUUGGUCGCUUGCAGAGUGAGGAGGGAUUCAAUGCAGCGAUUGGUGGAGGCAUUUCGAAGUGUACAGAGCUUAGGCAAUUGGGUUUGAUGCGGAGGUGACUCCAGUGAGGGAUGUGGAAAGGGGAAGCAGAGGUUGCUGCGAGGGUGGAGAGUGCGGGGCUGAGGAUUUGGGAGGGGGCUGAUGGUGGAGGCUGUGCUAGGGCUAGGAGAGUGGCACAGUGAGGGAGGUGAAGGUAUGUUAAAAGCUGCGCUAGGGGGAGCGAUGCGGAGCAAAGGAUUGGGGAACAAGAUUGACGACUCGUGGAAACCCCCACCUGGUGAUCCUUUCUGUCAACUGAACGAUGAGGUUUUGCUCAACAUCUUGCGGCGGUUGUCGCCCGCCCCGCACCACGCGCUUGUGUGCAAGCGAUGGAUGCGGUUACACGGAACCCUAAGGCAGGCGAUCAAAGUGCAGGACUGGACGUUUUUGGAGAGUGGAAGGAUUUGUCAGCGGUUUCCGAAUCUGACUGAUGUGGAUUUGUCGCUCGCUUGUAUUGUGACUCCACAAGAACCGACAGGUUCCGCCAUUCUGCUAACCCACCAGGGCCUUACUGUGCAGCUCAAUUACGAUGCCGUGGAUCCGCCGUCGAUCGAACGCUGCAUCGAGGAGCAGCAGCUGUCCCCCGCUAAGCUUGACCGAGGGUUGAAGCUCCUCGCCGAUGCCUAUCCUGGUUUGCAACGACUCUGCGUAGUGGAUGUAAGAAGGGGGAAUUACUUUGGCCGAGCUCGGUCUAUGUCUCGCACAUUGUCGAAACAGAAGAGCAUGAAGAAUCCUAGCACACCUGAUUCAGACAAGAAGAAUCCACCUGUCAAAGAAGUAAGAGAAUCGAAAGACAGAUUUGGCGAUGCUUUAGCAGACGUCUUGAAGGAUUUGAAAACUGAUGGAGGAACCCUGACUGGAAACUUGGAUUGCUCUGUUGAAACGCCCAAAUCGGGAACACAAUAUCUGAAGAAGAAGACAGAAGAGACCGGGAUAGCGAGUAUAGCUAAGAAUUGCCCGCUUCUUCAAGAGCUUGAUUUGUACCAAUGCACGGACGAGACUCUGAGAGCCAUAGCAGAUUGCGAGAACUUGCAGAUAGUGCGGUUGAUUGGAUCUGUCACAGGGUUUUAUCACUGCACAUUCACGGAUAUUGGCCUCACGAUCAUGAGUCACACCUUUCGACGACUAGUCAGGUUGGAACUUAGUGGCUGUGAAGCAAGUUACGAGGGCAUCUCGGCUAUCGGCAAGUGCUGUGUGAUGUUGGAAGAGCUGACCCUCUCAAACAAAGGUUUCUACGAGGGCUGGGUGGCUGCAUUGUCCUUUCUGGCUUGCUUAAAAACAUUACGACUGGAAGGUUGCAAGCAGAUCGAUCGAAAUCCUGGUCCACAUGACCGCUUGGGUCGAUGUUCGGCCAUAGAGCGCCUUCAUCUUGAGCGAUGUGAUUUGCGAGAUCGUGCUGGAUUUUCUGCUUUGCUGGCCGUGUGUGCUGUAGUUAGAGAGCUUGAAUUCAAGGAUUGCUGGGGUUUAGAUGACGAUACUCUGGCCCUAACAGUUUCUUGCAAGAGGGUUAGACUCCUGAGCCUUGAGGGAUGCUCUCUAGUUACAACUGCGGGAGUAGACUCAGUGGUGCAAUCUUUCAAGGAUUUAAAUAGGUUAAGAGUCACUUUCUGUGACAAUAUUCGGGACUCCGAACUUAGCCCUGCUCUCUGCGAUCGUUUCCUGACGCUGAAGGAGUUUUCAUGGCGCCCCGACACAAAAUCCGUGCUUGCAGCCGGUCUUGCUGGCACAGGUGUUGGCCAGAAAGGAGGAAGGUUUUUCAAAAAAUCUUGAACCUUCUCUUGCAUUGUUAUGCAUUGUAGUCUAGCUCACAAGCAAAUUUUUGUGUGUGAUCGUAAACCCAUAUCACACUGAUUGAUACCUGAACAUCAAAAGAUCUCUUUUUUCACAGUUUUGUAAUAUUUUGUGAUAUGUAUUCUCUUGAUUUCUUAAGACGAAGUUGAGCACACUUGCUCUGUAGAAUGACCAGCAGCUAAGCAACAUUGUGCUCAUGACUUUAGGCUUACCUUUUUCUUUGUUCCUAAUUGACUUUGUUACAAAGUGAAGAACUAGAUUAUCUUACGCUCCUUUUUGACUACAGGAUUUGUUGUUUGCCAAGAGUUGGCAGUCUUAUUGAAGUCAAUUGAAUUAUUAAUUAUCAGAA